UUGUGUCGCCAUGGUGACGGGGCUGUGCCCAGGGAGGUUGUGAUGGGGUUGACAGGUGCGUGACAAUCGGAGCUCUCUGCAAGCAUGUACGCCAAAGGCAAGAGCAGCAGCGUGCCGUCCGACAGCCAAGCCAGAGAAAAGUUAGCUCUGUAUGUUUACGAGUACCUGCUGCAUGUAGGAGCACAGAAGUCAGCACAGACCUUCCUCUCGGAGAUCCGAUGGGAGAAGAACAUCACAUUAGGAGAACCUCCGGGGUUCCUCCACUCAUGGUGGUGUGUUUUCUGGGACCUGUACUGUGCCGCUCCAGAGAGAAGAGACACGUGUGAACACUCCAGCGAGGCCAAGGCUUUUCAUGACUACAGUGCUGCAGCGGCUCCCAGUCCCGUCCUUGGGAAUCUUCCACCAGGAGACGGCAUGCCAGUAGGACCCGUCCCUCCGGGAUUCUUUCAGCCAUUUAUGUCACCUCGAUACCCCGGAGGACCCAGACCACCCCUCAGAUUACCCAAUCAGGGACUCGUAGUCCCCGGUGGUCAGCCCAUGUUACCCAGUGGAAUGGACCCCUCAAGACAGCAAGGACAUCCAAAUAUGGGAGGGCCGAUGCAGCGGAUGACUCCGCCCAGAGGCAUGGUACCGCUGGGGCCCCAGAAUUAUGGAAGUGGAAUGAGACCACCACUGAAUGCCCUGGUCGGUCCUGGGAUGCCCGGCAUGAACAUGGGACCUGGUGGGGGUAGACCUUGGCCAAAUCCUCCGAACUCCAAUUCGACCCCUUACUCUUCUGCAUCGCCAGGAAGUUACGUGGGACCUCCCGGAGGCGGAGGGCCACCUGGGACCCCAAUAAUGCCGAGUCCAGCAGAUUCAACCAACUCCGGCGACAACAUGUACACCAUGAUAAACACAGUCCCUCCAGGUGGAAACCGACCAAAUUUUCCUAUGGGAGCGAGUGGCGAUGGUCCAUUAGGGGGGAUGGCUGGAAUGGAGCCCCAUCACAUGAAUGGAUCAUUAGGGUCAGGUGAUAUGGACAGUCUCCCGAAGAGCUCUCCUGGUAACCUAAGUAUGAGUAACCAGCCGGGGACCCCCAGGGAGGAUGGAGAGAUGGGAGGAAACUUCCUUAACCCUUUUCAGAAUGAAAGUUAUUCUCCAAACAUGACCAUGAGCGUGUGAAGGCUUGGGAGGCGGCUCGGUGAGUCGCUCAGUAAUCUGACGUGGAGCGGUGACAAGCAGAGAGACUGAAUGUGAUGUCAUCAAGGCCAGUGACUCUUCCUCCACCACCACCACCACCAACCUAUAGUCAGGACAGAUGCCCCGGGGCUCCGUCCUUCUACUACCCCUCAACCCCACCUCUCCUCCCUCCAUCCCUUCAUGGUUUCUGUCCACCUCCCCUCUUUCCUGUUUCUUCUCCCCCGUUGUAAGUGGUGACUCUGCUCCAUUCAUCAGUUCUUCCUCUGCAACGUUGAGACUGUACAAAGGAACCAAAUUGAAAAAAGCUGGAGGAGAACUCUUCGCAUAUUUGCAUACUGUGCACACAGUCCAGUCACAGACAGGUGCUCCCUGCCUGUGGCAUCAUGUCACAGAGUUCCACGCUCAAAAACAAAAAGGCCAGUAUCCAGUUUAUCCUGAAGUUUAAAUUGACAAGGGUUUAAAGAGAAGUUAGACACUUUUUUGAUUGACAAGAAACAUUAAAUCUAACCGGUUGUCACAUCUUUUGUCAUUCCCUGAAAAAAGUACUUUGUACAUUGGUGGAAGAGAAUUGCGAGACAUCACAAUCUUAUUAGAAUGAGGUUUUCAUUGAGGCUUAUGCAGAUAUUUGUAAAGUCAACUUUUGUGGUCGUCUAAAGUUGUGUUUUAGGUUUUAUACUAUGGGUCUAUUCAUUUUAUUUUUAUUUUCCACCACAAGCUCAUUCAUCGUUCACUCUGCCUCACCUCUGUUAUGUUUAAGAGGCCUGAUGAGGCACAUGAAGGUCAAAGUCAACUUUUUGUUCAGACUCAACGCAUAGAUUACAUAAAGACUUUGGUACAAGCUGAAAUGUGUUUCUUUAUUCAGCGGUUGCUGAGAAAAAUGAAACAGUAGCUUCUGUUGUGACAAGUGACAAUUGUUGGAUAAUGGCACAUUAUAUUGAUAAUGCUAAAGCAUCAACAACAGCAAAUAAGAGUUAUAAAGUCAAUUAAAUGACUUUGUAGUGCCCAUCAUGAAGCAAUGUCUACCUAAACUCUGUCACGUGAGCUAACAUAGCAAACAAAAGCCCAUUGGUCAAACCAGUCUAAGUCCGUGGAAGCAAAAAACCCCAGGGUUAUUGAACUGAGCAAUGUUGCAUUUCAAUGUCAUAGAAUUCAACUUUCCAUGUGUAAGAGGAAAAAUAUGUUAUUUCUACUUUUAGAAGUUACACUGUACUUUCUGCCCUUUCAUGCCUGUUGGCAUGUAGAUAUUCUCGCCUGUUCUCCUCUAUCGCAGUUCUUCGUACCAGUGCUUUUUUAUUUUACGGGACUGGGUUGUUAGCCCUGUGACCAACCCCCAGCCAGAGGACCAGCGGAUCGGCUUUCGUCUGGCCUCUACCUUUCAACGUGUACAGCUUGGGUGAUCCUGCCACGGGACUGAGCUCCUGCUGGCUUAAUCGAGGGUGUCCCUGAGCGCCCUGACUGAUCCAAGGUUGCGAUCCUUAGGUAUCUGUGCUGUUUGCUCAGGCAGUAGAUAUGAUAAAAGUUAAAUAGUCUCCUUUUUUUAAAAUCCAACCAGAUAAACCCUAAUGCUAACUGUUAUUUGAUUGCAAUAAUCAGUGAGGUGUAAACAGGUUUCAGCAUUCAGCAGAUGACUAUGAAGUUUGAGAUGGGAACCAGGAAGAUUUUUUUCAUGUGAAGAUGUUAUCCAAGGUCUAGAGGGGACAGGAAAUCUGUAGUCACACAGUUUGGCCCUUUUGUUUGCCGAGGCCUCUCUCACAUCUGGAUCCUAAUGAUCCUUCAGUUUACCUCGCCAUUAACUGGACAUGAACCAGAAAGACAGAGGUCAAAGGCAGAUGAACGGUAUGGAUGGUAAAACGGUAAGAGACGAGCUUGUAAAGUCACUCUGGUCACCCAUACUUUAUUGUCAUCCGGAUAAACUGUGAUCUCAGUGUGAUAUGAAAGGAUUCUUGGUACAGAAAGCUAAAAAUUAGCUUGUUUUUAAACAAUGUUUUAAACUUUUUUCACUGCCCAAGAUUGUAUGUCAUCAUGUAUAAAAAAGGUCAAUAUGCCUGUGAACAUUCUCCUUGCCCCUCCCUUACUGCAAAGUGUACAGCUCACAAAUGUAGCUCCUCUGUCUUGUGUGUGUAUUUGAUAUUAUUGUUAUUAUUUAAAGAAAAAUUUGGUCUGAAUUGUUGCAGAAUGGUGCGAUGGACUUUUGAUGCACCGUCACAACUGAACUGAGAUUUUUAUUUUUAUUUGUUAUUUCUUUUCUUGUAUAUUUUUAGAUCGAAGCCAUACGUGGGAGUACAAGAGGAUGACACAUUUGUAAAUUGGAUCAUGUUUUCUGUUUUGUGGCAAUAUGUGGAACUCCAUUUGUGACGUGUUCAUUUUCUCUUUUUUUAUUCUUUAUUAUUGUGUUUUUGUAAAUACAGAGAAGUAUUUCUUGGGUUUUGAAUAUGCUGGUAUAAAGCUUCUCUUCCCUUA